AGUGCAAGUAUUAGUGACCAUCACGAAAAAGACAUUGUACCACUUCAUCAAUUCUUGCGCUACAGCUUGAGUUGUUCCGAUCAACGUAAAUUUCAACGUCGCCGUAUCACUCAACCAUUCAAACCUAUUUAUGAAGUCGAAUGGCAAAAAAAUCAAUGGCUUCAGCUUGAUAAAACCACCAAUAAGCAAAUAGAGCACUUGAGACGUCAAGGCUUUACUAAGAUUGUCGUUAGAAAAGAUAAAACUGUGAAAAAGCAUAUCAAAUACGAUAACCCAAACGAAAUUGAUGUAUUACUCGAGUUAUCGCUUUAUAAUUUGGAAGAUGACUUUUCAAAAAUCUUAUAUGACCAGCCUGAACUCAUUACUUGCCAUCAACCAAACUACUUCACCCUAAGACGUACACGCUGGUGGCACACUUAUAAGUCUGGAGAAGCUCGCUUGCCUAACUGGAUUGAUCAAGACUUAUGCUGCGGCCGCGUCAUCAUGGAUGCUCAUUCUGUUAUGGCUGCAAUGACAAACUAUAGCAGAUCUUCUGUCUCUUCUUUUCAUCAUCCUAGGCUGCCUGAUACACCUCUGCUUUCUCAAAAGUCUUCCUUGUCACAGCUACGACCUCAAAACCAAGACGAUUCAUGGCGCUUCAAAUCUUUACAAUAUUCUGAACCACACAUUUUG